UCAUUGGACAAACUCGAAUAUGUUUACACACAAGCUGCAAUGGACAACAUGGUCAAAUUGGGUCCGAAAGGAAUACAAGGUGAAAUCUGGGAUGAAAAAGGCCGUUACGAGGUAGUCGAAAUUCUAAUUUCACACCAACAAGAUUUGAUCAACUCUAUCCGGUUCUCGUAUCGUACAGUCGAAGAGAAUGUCAUUCAUUCAAAAACCUAUGGAGAACCCACUGGUCUGAAAUUUGACAUGGUGGAAUUUGAAUCCUCUAGUGAAGUUUUAACUUCGCUUAGUGGAGCGUAUAAGGAUGGUAGAUUGGCAUCGAUUGUAUUUGGUACCAACAGAAGAAAGUACGGACCAUUUGGAAGGACUGACAGUAAGUCUAGUUGUAGUUCAUACGAAGAGUUCGAUUAUAAAUUUAACCGUUGGCGUUUUGGAGGUUUUCAUGGGAGUGUUGUCGAUGGAUCCGUUUACACUAUUGGGGUUUAUGUCAAACCGUGUUGGUGAUUUUUGUUAUGCCCUUAAUGGCGAUCUUUGGUGAACCAAUCCAAAUCUAGUUAUA